CCGUCCACCAUGAUCUUCAUGAUUUUAGGGUCUUCAGUUGUGAUGAUUGUAACUUGUGUGUUGGACAUGAACGCGCUCCUGGACCGCUUUCACAACGACAUCUUACCAUUUGUGCGGGGGGAGGACCGCAUCUGUGCCUGCACCUGUGGAAGGCACCAGGUUUAUCAUGUCCUUCCUUAUGAUGGAGGUCAAUCGGCGGUGGAUUCCACAAACUACUUUGCAAGCGACGGCGUGACCAAGCAGGAGAUGGAUGUUAUUCUUGGACUGGUCCUGGGUCUCUGCAUCAGCUGGUCCCUUCUGUGGCUGGACGGGGCGCUGCACUCUGUGCUCAGAGCCUGGAGGGCAAAGCAGCACCACGAUGUGGGUCUCUGGUCGUGGAUCCCCAGAUUCUGUAACCUUAGGGACUUGUGCAGACGGGUGCACCUAAAACAGACUGAGGACUCCGGUGAGGACAUGGUGCACAUCAAGCAAAAACUGUACCACAAUGGCCAUCGAAGCUUGUGACACUCAAAGGAUCCCAAUUAAACUGUG